UUUUGUGGCAGACCAAAAAUGCAGUCUGAAAGAUUUGGUAUCAUGUAAUAGACCCAUGUCUUCAAAUGUAGGCUAAUACUAAAAUGUAUAGCCUACCUAUUUGAACAUCCUAAUUUUAGAAUAACAAUCAUCCUUGAUGGACACCACAAAGACUAUCAUAUCGUUUUUAAAAAGCUACAUUGUUGUAGAGAUCAUUACAGCAGACAAAGCUUCCGCAUUUCUCCGGAACCAUCGUGGAAUGAAUUGUUUCCGCCCGGAGUCAUGAGAAGCAGGACUGAGAGCGUGUUGUGUGUACAGUACAAUCUCCAUGCCUAAAAAUCCGCUAGUGAUCAUUGUAAAUUUGUUUAAACGACAUCAGUAAGACGAUUCAAUGUAACAGGAAGAGUCAUCUUCAACGGAAACGGAUAUUUGAACGUUUGUAUCUAUCAGCCGCCAUGGGGCUCAAGCGACAGAAACAAGCCAAGAAAACCAUAAGUUUCUACAAAUACAACUUCAGCUUCAGGGAGCCCUUUCAGAUCCUCUUCGACGGGACUUUUUGUCAGGCGGCUUUGAAGAACAAGAUUCAGAUCAAAGAGCAAAUGCCCAAAUACCUGAUGGGAGAGGUGCAGCUGUGCACUACAAACUGUGCGCUGAAAGAACUGGAGACUCUGGGAAAGGAGCUGUACGGAGCCAAAAUCAUCCUGCAGAGGUUUCAGGUGAGGAGAUGUCCACAUUUCAAGGACCCUGUCCCGGCUUCAGAAUGUCUGCUGUCCAUGCUGGGGGAGACAAACCCACACCACUACUUUGUUGCUACACAGGACCACACAUUAACUGCCGGCCUAAAGAAGAUCCCUGGCGUUCCUCUGCUCUACAUCAUCCUCAACACCAUGGUGCUGGACAAGCCCAGCCAGGCGUCCCUGGACCACGUGAAGGCCGUCCAGCUGGGUGAGCUGGUCAGCCCCGCCCAGCAGCAGAGUAUCCGCAGCCUGAAAGAGGAGCAGGGCAUCAGCCAGAAGGAUGGAGAGAGGCGGGGAAAGAAGAGGAAGAGGAAACGGAGCAAUCCUAACCCUCUAAGCUGCCUGAAGAAGAGGAAAGGCGGGCCGACACCACCGAAGAAGACGGAGCAGGGGGAGAAGAGGAAAAGAAUUAGACACAAGAAACGAAGGACGGAGGGAGGAGACACGCCUGCUCCUGCGGUUGCAAAUACAUAGUAUAGCAGGAAGACAGAGACUUGAGCCAUUUGUUUCUUGCAUAAAUAUUAUUUGAAGAUGUCCAUGACCCCAAUCUAAAAUAAUUACACUCUAGUCAUUUUUUUUCUGAUGUUACUGCAUAAAAUAAAUCAAUUUUUAUCACACAAAAUUACAUUUGAUAAUACUACUCAUGGUAUUGUUUAUUUAGAAAAAUGUUGCAACGGUUUCCGGGACUCAGGCUUACAGCUUACGGGCAUAGGACUGAAACCGUUCAGAAACACAGCAGUAUGUUUUAGUUUGAGAUGAUUUGUCUUGGCUUGUAUACUAAGUAAAAAAUAGCAGGUUUACAGGCACAUAGUUAAAAUGUAAGAUGCACUUUGACAUUACAUGAUACAGUUCACAUGGAAGUGGAUAUCAAAAACAAUGUAUUCAGCUUUCUUUUCAGACACAAGAGUGGUCACAACGGUUUGGUGGUCUGCUUGUUUUUGCGGUGUAAUUUGAGUGUCUGCUUAAUUCAGCCUGUAAUAUUUUCUGGUACAAUGAGUUUAGAGUCCAAGCGACAACGUUCAUAACAUAUGUCCAUUCAGACUUCACUUAAUCGUGUUAUCAAGUAAUUCUUUACAUUAAAAUUCAAUGUUUCUUUAAAAUAAAACAGGUAAUUCUCUUGAUAUAUAUAAUACAUCCAUAAAAUGAAUAUUGAAGUAUUUACUUGCUUUACACUGUCAGUUAUAGAUAAGUGUGUUACCCAGUAACUAAAUGACUAUCCAUAUAUAAAAGGGACACUGGAUAAAGUCACGAAUAAAUAGUAACACGGUAAUACAAAUGGUAGUUUCCCGAGCAAAUCCACACUUAAAUAUUUCAGGAAAGAG